AUGGACAUGUCAAGCAUGGACAUGGGUGGUAUGUCCACAGGUGCGGGCAUACCGACCUUCUUCCAGUUCCAGCAGUACUACUGGGCUAUUGUUGGGACAGUCAUUGCCGUUGCGACUGUAGCCAAUAUAUUCAAUCUGUUUCUAGCAAAACAACGUCUACUCGAUAAAUCAAGCACACCGGCACAACCAAAAUCAAUACUCUUCCAGACAUAUGCAACCAUCACAGCAAUUACCAGAGAAGUCGCUAAUGUGGCGCUGCAACCCGUCAAGCUGGGUAACUACACCCUACACCUUGCGCCCAUCGGACCGGUGUCGCUGGUGUUGGCUAACCUGCUGACCAUAUUGACCAUGAUGUUUUAUGGCUUCGAUACCGUCAACUGGGUAAACUGGGAGAACAUCGGGUACAGAACCGGAUUCAUGACCAUCUGCCAAUUACCUUUAGUUAUCCUGCUGGCCGGGAAGCAAAACAUCAUCGGUUUAUUCACCGGCAGCAGCUACGAACAGCUAAAUUGGUAUCAUCGUUGGGUUUCGCGCACGCUGUGGUUGUCGGCAACUAUUCAUAUGGCCUUUUGGUUUCGGGAUUAUGGCAGGUUUCACUAUAUCGUGACUAUGCUCAAGACCGACUACUACACCCAGCAUGGCUUUGCAGCAUGGAUCAUUUUGAGUUUCAUCUUCCUUACUUCGUUCGCCCCAGUGCGUCGCUGGAACUACGAAUUUUUCGUCGUUCAACAUAUCGUCACCAUGGCCGGCUUUCUUGCUGCCGUCUACUUGCAUGCCACGGACGAAGUCAGAUUCUGGGUCUGGAUCCCGAUCGGUUUUGUAUGUUUUGAUCGAUUUGUGCGGAUCCUGGUCCUAGCUUUUGCCAAUUUGUCUAUUAUUCACUUUUGGUCGAAGAAGCAACGUCCAUUUUUUGCCAACCAGGCUACAUUGACACCUCUGCCUGGAAAUGUUACACGUAUUACCGUCCAGGAUCCGCUUAUCAAGUGGAAUCCCGGACAGCAUGUGUUUUUGAGUUGCCAUUCUGUGGCACCUUUGCAAAGCCAUCCAUUCACCAUCAUGUCGCUUCCAUCGGACAAUAAACUCGAGUUUCUCGUGCGUGCCGAGAAGGGUGGUACCCGACGGUUCUUUCGGUUUGCAACCAAACACAGUGCCUUACUAGGCGAAACACAAUCGUCGGAUACGAGUAAACGAGCAGUGUUCAUAGAAGGACCGUAUGGAUCUGUUCGACCAUUACGCCAAUUUGACAGCGUUGUUCUCUUUGCCGGUGGAAUGGGCUGUACCUAUACCCUCCCGCUAAUGCGUGAUAUUGUGCGUGCGUGGAAACAAGAACCCCAGAGAACCAUGCGGUUAGCCGCAGCGAAACGAAUUCGGUUCAUUUGGGUAAUCAAGUCACGCAGCCAGUUGAGCUGGGUGGAACCAGAGUUGCAGUCUGUGCUUCAAGAUAUACAAGACCUCAAACAGCAGCAUCCGGAUACGGAUAAAGAGGUAGAGAUUAGUAUAUACUUGACUUGCGAUGAAGCUUUGGAAAAAUCUACGCAUCCUACCACUACAGUACUAGCGCAACGCAGUUCUACAGAGGUCUCAAGAAAUGAAAACAUUGACGAAAAGAAAACCCUCGAACCAGAGAAUGUGGUGAGACCCGUCUCAUCGACAUCCAAGUCUUCAGGAACAAACGAGCCGUCAGGCUGCGGCGUCACAAGGAAAUGCUGCUGUACAACGACCAUCGAAAACGAAGAUGAUAUAUCAUUCGUACAGAAAUGCAACUGCUCCGGCGCCGCAGAAAAGGUAGCUUCAUCAACGUCGUCCUCUCCCUCGACAACCUCUCUAGUCCACAUGAAAGGAUUCAAAGCCAUGACUGGCCGACCACAUCCGCGAUCUAUUAUACAUUAUGUCUUAGAGCAGGCUGAGGGCGAGAGUGCGGUGGUCGUAUGUGGGCCGCGAGGGCUAGCUGCUGAUGUGCGACAGAGUGUUGUCGCGUUGAGUGACGAGCGAGCUGUGCACAAGGGCACGGGGGCGCAGGGGAUAUAUCUCCAUGUCGAGAAUUUUGGGUUGUAG